GUUACCAGACAUGAAGAACACGCCUUCGAGGAAUAUUAUUGCGAUAUUGACUAUUGUGAAAAGUAACUCUGACAGAGCCCGUUACAAGACAGCAAUGGAUUCGAUGGAGUGUUACGCUCUCCAGAACAACUACACAUAUUUGCAACUUUAUGGCGAAAAUUUCAAGACCAUAUGUGAACAAAACGAUAUUCACUUCCAACGCCACUGCAUCGUUGCUCAUAUCCUCAAAAUUCACCACUACCGUUGGGUGCUGCUAUUAAAUGCCGACGUUGGUGUCGUUAACGAGAAACGGCAAGAGCUUUUUUUCACGCUUCUUGAUACCACAUUUCUCUUUCUUCCAGAAGAUUGGAGGAGUAUAUCAAAGAAGAAGCCGACAUCAUUCUUUACGACAGAUUUCUCGUUUUCAAGUGGCGGCAGGUUUAUAGCCCUCUUAUAA